CAUAUGUCCAAUCUGUUCUUCGAAACAUCCAUCUCAUUUGGGCUUCCUCCGGGCACCUUUGCCAUCGACGGAAUCUCAAACCCAUCCGCCGCUUUCCCUGGACUCCACGUUCCACCGCAGCCGCGUCUAACUGCGUCUCGCGAGUCGUAAGCUUUCAGGUAGAAGAAGAAAAUGUUUAUUAGAGUACAGUUGCCUUGGAAUGUGAUUAUUCCUGCUGAAAACCUUGAUGUGGAAGGCCUGAUGCUGAAGAAGUCAAUUGUUAACCGUCUGUUAGAUGAAUUUGCUGGUAAGAAAGCCACCAAAGAUUUUGGCUAUUUUCUUGCUAUCACAACUUUGGACAACAUUGGAGAGGGAAAAGUUAGGCCGCAGACAGGGGAUGUGCUUUUCCCUGUUGUUUUUAGCGCGGUCACCUUCAAAAUCUUCAGAGGGGAGGUCAUACAGGGGGUUGUGCAGAAAGUGCUGAAGCAUGGGGUUUUCUUGAGCUGCGGGCCCUUGGAGAAUGCAUACCUCUCCAACACAAAAAUGCCUGAUUAUAACUAUGUAACUGGAGAAAAUCCAGUCUUCCUAAGUGAAAAGCAAUCUAAGAUAGAGAAAGAGACAGUGGUUCGUGUCAUGGUGAUUGGCACAAAGUGGCUAGAGGCGGAAAGGCAAUUUCAGGCGUUGGUAAGUUUGGAGGGCGAUUAUCUUGGGCCGUUGUGAUUAUCAGACUGUUAGUUUUUUUAUGCAAAAUAUAUUUUGUGAAGGAAUGUUACGACGCUACUACUUUAAGAACUACUGGUAACUCCCAUUUACUGUAUUAGCAGAUGAUGGUGUAAGUUGAUGGUUUAAUGGCAUGUGUAGAUUGCAAAUUGGAACAUAUAUGUAUCACUUAGAGAAGGUUUAAUUUAGCACUGUUGUAUGCCAUUAGUCCUUUCCAUCAAUUUAGCUAUAUGCAUGUGGUGGAUCAUUAUCUCUGUCAGAAGAUUUGAAAAUU